AUGAACAUGGCCAUGAGGCUUUUGUGCCUUUUUAUGGCGUUGGCUGGCGCUUCCGCCUUCUCAAUUAAUUUGAGACAAAAUCCGGAGACUCUUUGCUUAGGCCAAGACAACUUCUUACGUAUCGCCAAUGUUGAUAGCUGCCAGUUGUAUUACCAGUGCUAUGCUGGACGUUCCUAUCUAAUGGAAUGCCCAGAAGAGACGUGGUUUAAUGAAGAGCUACAGAUUUGUGACCGAUCGCCAAUUCCAAGGAGCUGUCGCGCAGAUGAAUCAGAACCUGAAGAAGACCCAGAACCGGAACCAGAACCUGAAGAAGAACAAGAACCUGAACCAGAACCUGAAGAAGAACAAGAACCAGAACCUGAACCUGAAGAAGAACAAAAACCAGAACCUGAACCUGAAGAAGAACCAGAACCGGAACCAGAACCUGAAGAAGAACAAGAACCUGAGCCUGAACCUGAAGAAGAGCCAGAACCAGAACCUGAAGAAGAACAAGAACCAGAACCUAAACCUGAAGAAGAACCAGAACCUGAAGAAGAACAAGAACCAGAACCUGAAGAAGAACAAGAACCAGAACCUGAAGAAGAACAAGAACCAAAACCUGAAGAAGAGCAAGAACCAGAACCUGAAGAAGAACAAGAACCAGAACCUGAAGAAGAACAAGAACCAGAGGAACCUGAACCAGAUCAAGAACCAGAAGACGUAGAACCUGAGCAAGAACCAGAGGCUGAGCAACCCGAUGGAGAAGAGGAUGCAGGUCAACAAAAUCCAGAGGAGUCUGAACCUGAGGAUGAACUCCCCGAAGAGGAGGAAGAAGAAGAACAAGUAGAGGGAGAAAACGGGGAAGGCUCAGAAAAUGGUGAGGAAAUAAAAAGAUUAGAACGAAACGUUCAAAGACAAGAAGAACAAGAAGAAGAAGAGAAUGACUCUGAAGAAUCUGAACAUAAUCAUGACCACGACCACGAUCAUGACCACGGCCACGAUCACGACCACGAUCAUGACCAUGAACACGAUCAUGACCACAGCCAUGAUCACGACCACGAUCACGACAAUCAUGAUCACAGCCAUGACCACGACCACGAUCAUGACCACAGCCAUGACCAUGGCCACGACCACGAUCACGACCAUCAUGAUCACAGCCAUGACCACGACCACGAUCAUGACCACAGCCAUGACCAUGGCCACGACCACGAUCACGACCAUCAUGAUCACAGCCAUGACCACGACCACGAUCAUGACCACAGCCAUGACCAUGGCCACGACCACGAUCACGACCAUCAUGAUCACAGCCAUGACCACGACCACGAUCAUGACCACAGCCAUGACCAUGGCCACGACCACGAUCACGACCAUCAUGAUCACAGCCAUGACCACGACCACGAUCAUGACCACAGCCAUGACCAUGGCCACGACCACGAUCAUGACCACGAACACGACCACGAACACGACCACGCUCACGACCAAGAUGAGGGUUCCGGUUCUGAUAUCGAAAGGGACUCUGUGGUAAAUUUUAUCAAAAGAAAACUUGAACAGAGUGGCGAUGGAAGUUUAGAAGAUAACGUUUGGAUAGAUGACGUCAUUAUAGAUGGUGAGUGGGAUGUUGAGGAUGGUGGAGAUGGGGAACAAGAGUCAGAAAACCCAAAUGAAGAUAAAGAAGAAUUGAGAUGGGGAAAAGUUUUCAAAAGCUGGCUCGAUGGACAAGCUUAA